AUGACUUCAACGCUUCAUCUUCCCAAUAAUUUUCCAAGGCCAAGAUCUGCGGCAAGUUCCGUAAAAAGCGUAAGAAGCAGUAAAAGUGUUAGAAGUACAAGUCCAACAUCUUCUGUUGGUAAUAAUCGAGAUGAAAAUGAUGCUUUAAGACCAUAUGUUGACGCAAUAUCUCAAAUGUUUGUAAGAACAAGAGAAAAAGGAUAUAAUUUUUCAGCAGUAAGCGAUUGUAUUGAAGAAGAAAUGACAUUGAAAAAAAUUGAACCUAUACAAAUAUUUUCAUGGUUAUCAAGUAAUCAAAAUACAGUACAAUAUACUACAUUACUUGGAUUUUUUUAUUUUCAAGGAAUAGGAAUUCCUGUAGAACAGAGAAAAGGAUUUUCAUUAUUUCUUACAGCAGCGAAAAUGGAUUUUUUCGUAGCACAAGAUUUAGCUGAAGAAUGCGGUAAUAGUGACGCAGAAGCACCAUUAGCCGAAUUAUUAGCAAAAACUGAAAAUUCUGGAAGUCAAAGUCCAAUGCCACAAAUUAGUCGUGAUGAAAAUGAUGCAAUUAGAAGAGUAGUUGAUGAGUUAAUAGAAAAUUUUGUUGAUAUGAAAGAACGAGGAAAUCAAGAUGAAACUAUAUCUAGAUUUAUUAACGAUUUUAUAAUUGAUAAUAAACGUUUUCCAUCUCAAAUUUAUGAUUGGUUAUUAAAUAAUCAAAAUACUGCUCAAUAUAUAACAUUACUUGGUUAUUUUUAUUUUGAUGCUAUUGGAACUGAAGAAGAUAUUAGAAAAUCUUUUACUUAUUAUUCACUGGAUAAAUUACAAAGAAGAGUGAAUAAAUCCGCGUCGCAACCACCAUCUGAGCCUUCGACAUCCUCACCACAAUCGGAUUCUCAGGAGGAGACGGAUUCUGUUUCAUCACAGAAAGGAGAAGAAGAUCAAAAUGUAGAAGCAGUCCAAUUAAUUAUUACAAAUGAGGAACAAUUUGAUGAAUCUACUUCAAAUGAAAAUGAAAAAUAA